UAUUCCAGCGGUCUCCACUGUGCUGAAUGAGAGUGAUGUUCUCCAGAAGCUGAUAGAGGAAGCGACAAAAAAAAGGCAACCACGAAACCCAUCAAAGGCAUCUCCGGGUGAGUGAUGCUCGGCAGCCUUUCACCGGGAGCCUGAAUCUGGAAAUCAGAAAAUAAAAGCAGAAGGUUUGGAAGUGUCAGCCCGGAGGCAGAAACAAAUCACUCCCCGCUAACAAGCGUGAUAUUAAAGGCGGUGAUUUUCUGCAUGGCUGUGUCUGCAAAGGGGAAACUAUAACUUAAAGGCAACAAAGCUUGUUGGCUCCUACUUCCAGCUGGGAGGGAGUGGGAGGGUUGCUUGUCCAGCAGUACACCUCUCCCUGUGCUUUUCCUCUCUUUUCCCCCAGGCUGAAGGUGAUGGAGCUCUGUGCCAUGGAGGCAGCACUGUGGCUCUCACCUGGUGUGGGGGUCUCUAUGGCUGUGCUGGUCCGGAUGACCCUCAUGGGGAAAAGCUUUAUAGGAGGAAAAAUGGAAAUCUCGAUGGCUGCCAACCUGAGCACCAGCAGUCGGAUGAUGCAGGACAUGCAGGGCUGCCCCCGGCUCAGCACCAGGCACUGCCACGUGGCACUGAUCCACAGCUGGGCCAACCUGCCCCACCGCAUGCUGCCCUUGAUCAUGAGCAAGUUCCUGGAUAGCACCCUCCAGAAAGCGCUACAUGGCCUGCUGUGUCCAGCCAUGGCCAUGGUGCUCGACCUGGUGAAUGCAAAGUUUGCCACCAUGAUGUAUGCAAUCCCUCUGGGCAACGCUGGGAUGCUCCAAUAUGCCCUGCUGAACCCCCCCAUGGUGAGAGAAGCUUUCAUCCAGCUGGAGCUGAAGGCCACUCUCCACAGCAAGGAGGGAGAGGAGGUUGCCCUGCACUCAGAGCUGCCACCUCUCACUUCCCUCCCACCGAAGAGGGAAGCAGCCACUCAGCUCAUCCUGGCUGCGAGCUUCCUGAGUGCUGAGCUCUCCAUCAUGCAGGCAUUCUUUGGCCUGAACAUUACCAAUGGCAUGGUUCUGGGGCUUGUCCCGCUGGUGACCACGAUGCUGGGAGCCCUCAUUCCUGAGAUCUCCAGCAUGCUGCCUCCAUCACUGCCAGUGGUGAUUGAAAUGCGAGAGACCCAACCACCGCUGGUGACAAUAACCCCAGAGAAAAGCACCGCGCACCUCUUCAGCACUGCUGAGUUCUGGGCUUCCAGUCCUGGCUCUGCUCCUGGAUCCCUCUUUGUCCUGGAUGUGCACUCUGAGCUGGGUGUGCGGUUUGCUGUCGCAGAAGAGAGGCUGCAGUUCUCCCUGACACUGCAUAGUCUGUCCCACGUGGCUGUGAUGAGCUCCUCCAUCGGUGCGUUCAAUGUGCUGCCGCUGAGAGGAGUCCUGGCAGACAUUAUUCAUGUGGCUUACGUGCCAUCCAUCAACAGAGCACUGCGAGGAGGGGUCCCACUGCCCCCACUGCUGGGCACCCCAUACCGGCGUGUGGAGCUCAGGAGGAUGCAGGGUGGGCUGGUGCUGAACGUGCCUGUGGUGGAGUCCUGAUGCAUGAGGAGGGAUGGCUGCACUCAGUGGAUGGGAGGGGGCUGCUCUCCUGGGGGUUUCUUGCUCUCCCCUUGGCUUUUCAAUGUUUUGACUCUCUGAGC